UGUUAAUGGAGUAUUUAUAAUGAGUUAAGCUCUUGAGCUGUUUUCAUCAUCUAAUACAUCGACACCCAGAGUCUCACACCUUCAUCUCCAUCAGAGGGGUCAAAUCCAUAAUCAAGACGCCUCCAUUGUCUUCAUCCCUUCAUCUUUUCUCCAAACUAGCUUGCACCACAGCAUUGCAUUGCUGUUCUGAAAUUUCAUGUUUGGGGGGUUGAAGAGUUAAAUUCACAAAGUGAAACCUCCUUUAGGCCUAUUCAACCGCUCCAAACAACAUGGCGUUCCUCCUCCAGCAGAUGGUUGGGGACAAACUGAAGAACAUGACGGGGGGAAAAGAUGCUGGAGAUGAGAAGAACGGAGGCAAAGAGACGGCGGCGUCUAAAGGAAUGAACAGAGAAGAGUUUGAGGAGUAUCAGAAACAGCUUAUUGAGGAGAAGAUAGCGAGAGACAAGGAGUUUGCCACCAGAAAAGCAGAGAGGGCAAACCUGCGAGUGCAGCUACGUGACAAAUACAGACUACCAGAGAGUGCUCAAGACGAUGCCACGGUCCAGAUGGCCGGAGAUGACCUGGAUCUGCCUGAGGAGCUGGCAAAGAUGGUGGAGGAAGAUGAGGAAGAGGAAGAGAUCAACGAUUCUUUUAUGAGCAAACUACAAAACAUGGAGGUGGACUUUGACGCAAUAAAGACCAAAGCUCAAAACACAAUGACGGAGGUGAAGCAGGCCGCAGAAGAGAAAUGUGUAACCAUGUGA